AUGUUAAAGCGUUGCAUAACUAAAAUUAACGGAUGUUUUUUAGCUGUUUAUAACUGGUUUAAAAAAAUUUUUUGCAUAAAAACCAAUUCAAAUAAUUCAAACUAUAGAGAAACCAAUUUUAAAGACAUUGAAAUUGGUUUACGUAGAAGCAUAAGCACAGACUUUGGCAAUAACGAGGUAAAAAGUAUGGAAAACUAUAUGAACAUGGAGUACGAGGUUAAUCAAAACUACGACUCUGAGUUUCCCAAACUUUUGAAAAAUCCUGAGGAUACCUUCAAUCAGGCAGAAACAAACGGAGUUAUUGAUGAUAUAUAUGAUCAAAUCCAAGUCGAGGAUGACUUGUCGUCAGAGUCUCAGGAGAUAACUAGAACACCAGAAGCAUCAUCAGAACACGAAGAAGAUGAUGGAUCACAGGAACAAUCCGAGGCAGAGGUGAUAUAUGAAAGACAAGAGGAGUUUUCUGAAGAAGUAAAUGAACAAUCUGAUGAACAAGAGGAACUACCUGAAGAACGUGAGGAACAAUCCGAGGGAGAGGAGAUAUAUGAGAGGCAAGAGGAGUUAUCUGAAGAGACAGAGGAAUAUGGGAUUGACUUGAGAAAUGUAGAGGAAGCAUUGAAGUCUUUGGAGGAAGAAGAGGAGUCAUGUGAAGGAGAAGAUGAGUAUGGAAUUGACAUUAAAAAUGUAGAGGAGGCGUUGAAAUCUCUGCAAGAUGACGAGGAGUCACCUGAGGAUAGGGAGCAAUCAUCUGAAGAACUGGAUGAGCCAUCCGAAGUUAAGGAGGAAUCAUAUGAAGAUAAAGAGCAACCAUCUCAAGACCAAGAGGAAUCAUCUGAAGAGGAGGAGGAAUAUGGCGUUAACUUGAGAAAUGUUGAGGAAGCAUUGAAUUCUUUGGAGGAAGAAGGACUCCAACUUCCAAAAAGUUCAGAGGUAAAAACAACUGAAAAUUCAACCAAGAAGUUAAGGAGUGAUAAACUCAAGUGGGAACCAAAAGCAUCAGUACCUAAGUACUCAAGUCUAAACAGCAAACUCCUAAAAGAUGACGUCAAAGUGUCCUCCAUAACAACAAAAGGCAAAGGGCUUGAAAUUGCCCAGAAAAUCACUGAGAUCAACCAGUCCCGCGUAAAGCACAUCAAGGAACAGUUCAAAAAGGAUCUUGAAGAGAAAAAAGCUGCAGAUCUUGAGGCUAGAACCAAGAUUGUUGAAGCCGAAAGGAAGAGAGUUGCGGAAGCCAAAAAGAAGCUUGAAUUGAAGGCUCAGAAAACCAGGCAAGAGGCUUUAGAAAGGCAUAAACGCGAAAUGGAAGAAAAACAAAGGAUAAGAAAGGAAAACGAGGCCAAGAAGGAGAAAAUCCUAAAAGCCAGAGUUGAAGAAAUUAGGAACAAAAGAAAAGAAGUUUAA